GCGGCGGCAUGGCGGGCGCUGCGGCGGCUGAGGCGCAUUGCCUCAGCUACGCUGGCUGUAACUUCCUGCGGCAGCGGCUGGUGCUGGCCACGCUCAGCGGCCGGCCGCUCAAAAUCCGCAAGAUCCGCGCCAAGGAGGAGGAUCCCGGCCUCCGCGAUUUUGAAGCAAGUUUUAUUCGACUAAUUGACAAAGUGACCAAUGGCUCUCGGAUUGAAAUAAACCAAACAGGUACUUCUUUGUACUAUCAGCCUGGACUUCUCUAUGGAGGCUCGUUAGAACAUGACUGCAGCCCCAGUCGUAGUAUUGGCUACUAUUUGGAAAGUCUGCUCUGCUUGGCACCUUUCAUGAAACAUCCACUGAAGAUUGUCCUGAGAGGAGUAACAAAUGAUCAAGUAGAUCCUUCAGUUGAUGUCCUUAAGGCAACAGCUCUACCCCUGCUGAAGAAGUUUGGAAUUGAUGGUGAAAGUCUGGAAAUCAAGAUCAACCGGAGAGGAAUGCCUCCCAAAGGCGGGGGAGAGAUACUGUUUGCUUGCCCAGUCAGGAAGGUCUUGAAGCCCCUUCAGUUCACAGACCCUGGCAAAAUCAAGCGCAUCAGAGGAACUGCAUACUCUGUCAGAGUGUCACCACAGAUGGCAAAUAGGAUGGUGGAAUCUGCAAGGAGCAUCCUAAAUAAAUUCCUCCCAGACAUUUACAUCUACACGGAUCAUAUGAAGGGGGUCAGCUCUGGGAAAUCACCAGGUUUUGGCAUGUGCCUUACUGCAGAAACCAUCAAUGGUACUAUCCUCAGUGCUGAGCUAGCUUCAAACCCUCAGGGCCAGGGAGAAGCUGUGCUUCCAGAGGAACUUGGCCAGAGUUGUGCUAAGCUGUUGCUUGAGGAGGUCUACAGGGGAGGGUGUGUAGAUUCAACAAAUCAGAGCCUUGCUCUGCUCCUCAUGACCCUUGGACAACGGGAUGUUUCCAAAGUCCUGCUAGGACCUCUCUCUCCAUACACAAUUGAGUUUCUACGGCACCUGAGAAGCUUCUUCCAGAUUAUGUUUAAAAUUGAAACAAAGACCCCUGAGGAAGAACAUGUUGGUGGGGAGAAAGUCUUAAUGACGUGCGUUGGUGUUGGAUUUUCCAACCUUAGCAAGACUAUGAGAUGAAAACAUCUGCAUACUUCAUGGAACAGGGUGACUGAAACCGCUGCAAAGAUCUAAUGAAACCUGUCUUUCCCUGUCACAGGGAGACCAGUGAUUAUUCCAGUGCAGAGGCACCCAAGUUCACUGCAUCCAAACAGUAAAGCUGACUUCAGGCUAUUCAGACCUGUGCUGCUUAUGAAUGCGAUGGCAGUAUUCUCUGUUGCAUGGAAUGGCUGGCUGGAGUCUCAGCGGGCUUGGAACUCUUUGCACUGUAUUCCACUGUGUGGGGGACAAGUUGCUGUGCCCUCAAGUGCAUGCUCUAGUUUUGUGUAUCUACAAACUUCACUCUUAGCUUUUUCUGAAAGGUUUAGACAGAGAGAGAAAACAAGAUUGACCAAAAUGAGCUUUGCAGUGCAAAACAAAUGAUCACAACAGAAUUGUCAGAUUCCUGGAAUUGCAGAGACAAUAUUGGCAUGGAAAUAGAGGUAAUAAUUUUUAGUUUAUACAUUGCAUGUGUAUAGAAUUUAUCGAGUACUUAGCUCCUGCUUAAGUUUAAUAAAUUACAUUCUCACAGGAAGAAAAAAUACCUGUCUUUUAGUCUUCCUUAUGCCUAUACUGGCUUGUUUUAGCCUUCUCUGCAAAGACAGACAUGAGAGGAGAAACUUCCUUUGCAGUUUUUGUCUUACUGCAUAUAUUCUUUUCGGGCUUGUUUGGUAUGCCAGACACUGCAGUUCACAAUUAGUUUUGAGAAGCAGCAAAAAAAACUGUAGGAUUUGAGAGCAGAAAAAGUAUUCAGUUACGCCAUCAUGUCUUGAAGUGGAGAUAACGGUGUAUGGGCACCGCUUGGAUCGACAGGUGCAAAAAGUUCCUACCGGGAAAGAAACAUUUGGCAGAUUCCAGGCAAACUGGCUGAAGGUAAUGCUGAAGGCCUAGCACAAGGAAAGAAAUUUAUACUUCAGACUACAUUCAGUGUGUCUGGAGUAAAAUAAAACCUUGUCAGAAGCUGGUAUAUGUAUAGAGGAAAUACUAGUGACUGUGUUAUAACGGUCUUACAAACUUUACUUGAUGCCUCUGUAAAGUAGGGCAUUACCUCUGUAACAUGAAAAAUGUAUAUUGGACCCAAAAGUACUUUGACAAAAAGUUACGUAUGUGAUGUGUAUUUUAUUGACUAUUGAAGGCUGUGUGAGUCAUUUUUGUACUGUACUUUGUU